CGCAGUAGCAAGCAUGUAUGGAAAGAAAAGAAGCUCGACCACCACCAUAAGAGCUUAAAUGAAUAGACUGUAUGGAGGUAAAUAUGUAGCCUUGUAUUUUCAGUGACACAACUACUAACCCAUCUGAGAGGCACUCGACAGUUUCAAUUAAAUGUCAGGACCUUAAGAAAUCACUGAAGAUGCCGCUCUUUGGAAACACAUUCAGUCCGAAGAAGACGCCUCCUCGCAAAUCUGCAUCCCUGUCCAGCCUUCACACGUUGGAUCGUUCAACAAGAGAAAUAGAGCUAGGUCUUGAGUAUGGGCCUCCUAUGAUGAACAUCGGAGGUCAGAGUUGGAAAUUUGAAGAUGGACAAUGGAUAACAGAAUCUGGUGGAAAUGCGUCCGGUAGGGAGGUGCAGCGGCUCAAGAAAAGAAAUGUCCAGUUGGAGGAGGAGAAUAACCUCUUAAAACUGAAGAUUGAAGUUCUCCUUGACAUGUUGACUGAGACCACAGUAGAGUACCAUCUGAUGGAGAAAGAAGUGGAAGAUAUAAAGACUCAACAUCGAAGGAAAAAGUGACAGACUAAUCUGAGCCCUACAUCCGAAUAAAUGUUCUUAAAAUGGAACAAACUAAUUUUGUAUUUACAGAUCAUUUGAACUUUGAUGUAAAAAAGGUUACAGGAUAAAAUAAUGAGCUCAUACUUUUUCUCACAAUGAAGACUUAUUGUGUCGUAGGUUUUAGCUAAUCAGAUUUAGUGACUUCCUGUAUUUAUUCUUUCCUGCAUUUGUUAAAUGAUUUAACCGUAAAUCUGAGUCAGCUGUGAAGAUCUUUGUUCAGUUCACAGCCAGUUUUCUACUCAUUGUACAUAUGUUUGACAUGUAACAGCUGGAAUUCUCCUUUGUAAACUUUUGUACUGUUUUCUUUUUAUAGAUUAAAAGUAAACUUAAUUGCAAGUAA